AUGUUGGUAGAUUCAGGAAGUACUCAUAACUUCCUAGAUUGCAAUGUUGCAAAGUCCUUGAAACUGCCUUAUCAAAAGGGAUUCAAGAAGAAGGUGAUAAUUGCUAAUGGUGAGGCGGUAUGUACUGCUGGUUAUUGCAAGUCUGUAGAGUGGGAGGUACAAGGAGUUAAAUUUUGCACCAAUUUCUUUAUAUUGCCUCUGCAUGGUUGUGAUGCUGUUCUAGGAGUCCAAUGGUUGGUUACUUUAGGACCCAUUUUAUGGGACUUUUCCUUACUCACAAUGCAGUUUGAAUUAGAUGGAGUUUGGAGGAAAAUACAGGGGAUACAACAAGGCCACAUUGAGUUAGAGAAUGAGAAAAGGGCCUUAAAAUCCUUGUACUCUAUCUGUGCCAAGAAGGGGCCUCAACCAAGUGCAUUAAUGAUUGCAGCUUCACCAGUGGCUGAAUUGAAAGGAGCCGAGGAGAUGCAGCCACAAAUUCAGGCCAUUCUUGUUGAGUUUGAGGAAUUAUUUGGAGUUCCACAAGGGUUGCCUCCAAAGAGGUUACAAGAUCAUAGAAUACCUCUAACAGAUGAAAGCAAAGCUAUCAAAGUCAGACCCUAUCGUUACCCCUCCAUCCAGAAAGAUGAAUUAGAAAGGAUGAUUAAAGAGAUGCUUGCUGCAGGCAUUAUAAGAAACAACUCUAGUUCUUUCGCUUCACCAGUGGUGAUGGUAAAGAAGAAAGAUGGAUCAUGGAGGCUUUGUGUGGAUUACAGGCAGCUCAAUGACAUUACCAUUAAAGAUAAGUUUCCUAUACCCUUAGUAGAAGAGUUACUUGAUGAAUUAGUGGCUGCUAGGUGGUUUUCUAAAUUAGAUUGGAGAUCUGGAUACCACCAGAUUCGUAUGGAUGAAUGUGAUGUGCAUAAGACAGCUUUUAGAACCCAUGAGGGUCAUUAUGAAUUUUUGGUUAUGCCUUUUGGGCUCACUAAUGCCCCUGCUACAUUUCAAAGUUUGAUGAAUUCUAUAUUUAAGCCAUACUUAAGAAAGUUUGUGCUUGUGUUCUUUGAUGAUAUACUUGUAUAUUCUGCAACUUUUGAGGAACAUGUGAACCAUUUAAAAACUGUCUUUGAGAUCUUGCAAAGUAAUCAAUUAUUUGUGAAGAAAAGCAAGUGUGAUUUUGCUGCAAAGGAAGUUGAAUAUUUGGGGCAAGUCAUAUCCAAUGGUGAAGUAUAUAUGGACAAGAAAAAGGUCGAAAGUAUAUUGGAUUGGCCACGACCUAAGUCUAUUAGAGAACUAAGAGGAUUUCUAGGCUUGUCUGGCUACUAUCGGAGGUUUAUUAAGAGCUAUGGCGUGUUGGCUCGACCUCUGACUAAUUUACUCAAAAAAGAUGCCUUCAAGUGGGGAGAGGAAGCUGAUGAAGCCUUUAAGCAACUUAAGGAGGGCAUACCAAUAGCUUAUUUUAGCAAAGGGUUAUCUCCAAAGCACCAAUCGAUGUCUGUAUAUGACAAGGAGAUGUUGGCGGUAUUAUUUGCAGUCAAAAAAUGGAAUUCUUAUCUACUUGGGAGACAUUUUGUUAUCAAAACUGAUCAUCAAAGUUUGAGGUUCCUCUCUUCUCAACAAGCAACCACUCCAGCCCAACAGAAGUGGAUAGCUAAGAUGAUGGGUUAUAGUUAUGAUGUAAUAUAUAGAAUAGGAGCCACAAACACAGUAGCAGAUGUUUUGUCCAGGAAACCUACUGACGGAGAGGGAAAAUUGGUUGUGGGAAACCAAGCGGAAUUAAGGAAAGAGUUGCUGGGGUAUCUUCACAAUAGUGUUGUUGGGUGUCACUCGGGGAUCAAUGCUACCACCAGUAGGAUCACUUCAGUACUGUAUUGGAAAGGUUUGAGAAAAGAUGUGAAGGAGGACAUUUCAAUGGACUUCAUUGAAGGGUUGCCUAAAUAUUUUGGUAAGGAUACUAUUCUGGUAGUUGUUGACAGGUUGAGUAAGAGUGCUCAUUUCCUUGCACUAUCACAUCCCUUUUCUGCUAUCUCUAUAGCACAAAUAUUCAUGGAGAAUGUGUAUAAGUUACAUGGAAUGCCCCAAUCCAUAGUAUCUGACAGAGACAAAAUUUUUGUUAGUAAGUUUUGGCAGGAACUCUUCAAGCAACUUGGUUCUAGUCUGAAGCUCUCUACUGCCUAUCAUCCUCAAACGGAUGGGCAAACAGAAGUGGUGAAUCGUUGUCUUGAAUCAUAUCUAAGGUGUAUGUGUCAUGAGAGCCCUAAGGAGUGGAGUAAGUGGCUUCAUCUAGCUGAAUGGUGGUAUAACACUACCUUCCAUUCCUCUAUCCAGACUACACCGUAUGAAGCAAUGUAUGGGCAAUCUCCUCCUUUACAUCAACCUUACUUAGCUGGGGAAUCAAAUGUAGAAGUGUUGGAUAGGAGCUUGAAGGCUCGAGAAAAUGCAAUUAGAAUGCUCAAGUUUUAUCUUGAAAUGGCGCAGAACAGGAUGAAAAGUUUGGCUGAUAAGAGCAGAAUUGGCAAAGAAUUUGAUGUUGAGAUAGAGUUUUUGUGA